AUGGGGAGAACUGCAACAAGCGAAGGACAUCAAGUUAUAGCAUUAGGAGUUUUAGUUGAUGUUUUACUAUUAAUAUUUUACGGUCUAACGAUAGCCAAUAUUGUAAGAAAGAAACGUACUAAAGAGAAUACGGAAAAGUUAGUCAUCAUUCUUGAUAGUGUUUCAUCAGUGAUUCAAGGUCAUUUUAAAAAAACAUGCAGCACUCCAUCGGUCAUAAUCACAGCAUUAAUGUUCCCAACUGUUGCCACUGCACUGAUUAUCAAACCAUUUCUAUUGAAACCGAUUUACAAUGACAUUGUCAAUAAAUAUGAAACUGAUCAAACGCUCAUGUAUAAACCGAAUAACAUCUGUUCCGUAAUUAAUUUUCAAGAUUUCAAUAUGUUAACAUUUCCAGUUGCAUGUGCUCCAAUCAUUUUAUAUACCAUAUUAUCAAAACGAAAUUCGUUAAAAAAAAGUGUAUGCACGGGAUAUUUUGCUCCACCAGUGCCACUCGAUUAUUUUGCACGUAUUAAAUGA